AUGGUCGGCUGGGUGAAGAACAUCAUGCCUUAUGGAGUCUUCGUCGAUUUCCCGCAUGGACUCUUCGGCCUCGCUCCUAAAGCUGCCAUGGGGGACCAGUUCAUCACAGACACCUCAGCCGUCUUUGACGUCGGCCAGACGGUUGUUGCCAAAGUCACCAAUUUGGAUGAAGAAAAGAACAGGUUUCUGGUCAGUCUGAAGGUGUCAGAAUUGAGUCUCUCAGAGGAGGGGUCCCAUGCCAGACUGAUCCAGGGUCUGAAGGAAAGGAAG